AUGGGUGAUCCUGACCAGGACUGACCCAUGCAUGGCCUGGUGGCCUGGGCCUGUGUGUAACUUGUUGAGGUUUGAGAAGGUGACAGGCAGCCUUGUACCAUGACAUAUACUCAAUCCUAUAUCUGUGGUUAUGUCAUUGGAUUGUCACUCGUCAGAAGGAAAACAUCCCAGAUGACCCUGGUGAAAGCAGCCGGCACUCAACUUUGGCUUCUAUGGUAGCAUUUCUGAGCACACGGAGGGAGCAAGGACUUGCUGACAAUUUGCAUUGAUUAAAUCACAUUUGGGUGUGAUGGAGCCACCAGCUUCCUGUUUAUCUGGAUUCUUCAAGGUCUUUCUCUUUUUCCAGAUCAUAGUACACACUCAAGCUACAAGCUCAGACAUACAGAUUAACAUUCAGGUUCCAGAUACAGAAGGGGUGCUGGUGGAGUGCGCUUCAGGAGGUUUGGCCGCACCUGAUGAGAUGAUAUGGAGAGACAGCGAGGGGAAUAUAAUUCCACCCUUAUCAAUAUCUGACUCUCAGGAUAGAACUGGAUUAUUGUAUUUGAAGGGCAGUAUCCUUCUGAGGAACAGAACACACGGUCCUAUUAGCUGCUCCAUUUACAACAAAACUACUAAGCAGGAGAAGAAGAAAAGUAUUGUCCUACCGGAUGUCCUGUUCAAACCAGAGUAUAUAUCAUUGAUGUCAAAUAGACUUUCAUGUCCUGUAAUAUAUUUGAUCAUUGUAGUUCUUUUUAAUAUUCUCAGAGGAAUAUUUGUUUUUUGUUGUCUUGGAGAAAAGUAUGUUCCCCCUUUUCUAGGACGAUGUACUAAAUGCAAGAAAGAUUGUAAGACUGAAAGGAGACUUGGCUGUGAGCUUAUCUGGGAAUGCCUACUGUUAGUUUUGUAUAUUGCCUUUCUCCCUCUCUACCUGAAGUUCAGAAGCAGAGCUUCUAUGGUGGACGAUGUGUACCCACUGUAUAUUAGUUGGAUGUGGGAUGUAUGCAUAAUCUUGGUUGUGAUGAUGACAUUUUUCACUGUGCUCAUUUUGCUUCUACUUUGGAUCCUAAACCGUAAUAGUCAGAAAACCCCAGAAACUUCCAGGACCAAAGAAUGAAAUGACUGUGAAUCUACUGGCUUUGUAAGUCCAGGA